UAGGUCUUUAGAUCAUGUAUAAACUAAUAACUCUUCUAGUGGUGAUUGCUGUGUCAACUCAUGAAGCUGUCGGUAUUGGGAAGAAUGAGUUUGGGUAUGUGAGAAGAUGUACAAGGGCCGUAGGACUAUGUAGAAACGCUAACGGAACAGUUGUAAAGUACGACACGUGCACGCAAGUUUGUUGUGGCAAAGAAGUAUACGAUAAACUUGACUCAUUUUCACAAUGUUGCGGAGAUAAAAGUUUUGGAAGAAUGCACAAUCCCGAGACAGAAAUUUGCUGUGCAUGGGCACCGACUCUGGACUUUGAAAUACACAACAGAACAGAGAACAGUCCAACCGAACCAGAAUGUUGCGGAGCAGAUCUUUACGACAAUGAAGAGAAUCCGCACAUGCAAUGUUGUAGAAGUUGGCAAAAUAAGCCAGAAGCUUUCAACACUUUGACAAGCAUGUGUUGUGAGGGAAGAGUAGGAUUCAUAACAACUACAGCGUAUGCUGAUUGCUGUUAUGAUGUUGCUUACGAUAGACGAGUUGCAUCUUGUCCUUGUGGAAACGGAAAACUUUUAAACGCACAAAAAAAAAGAUACAGCUUUGUUGUAGAUUUGACAGCAGAGCGCAGCAACUGCGAAUCCAUACCUUGUUGAGACGCAGGAUGUUGUGACGGCGAAAUUUAUGAUCUAGGAUUACAAAUAUGUUGCAAUGGUCUAAUCGCAAAUGCAUCAUCACAGGGUGAUGAAUGUUGCGCUGGAAGAGCCUACUUUUCAGAAGCUGGUAAUUGCUGUAACAACACGGUAUACGACCUGGAAACAGAGGGAGCAGGUUGUUGCGCUGGAACGCCGUAUGAUGAACUUACUGGAGUGUGCUGCGGCGGAGGAAUAGUUGGAUCUGACAUGGUGUGGCCGGCCUGUUGUGGAACCGACAGUUUUGACGCGUAUGAACAGACAUGCUGCGGUACAACCGUAUUCGACAAUCCGCCAGAUUCAAGAGGAGAGACCAGUCACCAUACUCGAUGCUGUGGAGAUUUCGGUGAUCCAUCAACGCUUGUUCCUUAUGAUUACGAUUCACAAACAUGCUGUGGGGGUGUCAAUGCAUCACUGACUGGUGAAGAUGGUAAAAAAAUUGGUUUGAAUGAUUUGGAAUGUUGCGGAGAAAUGGCAAUGAAUCGUUUGUCACAUCUUUGUUGUGAUGAUGUUGUCAACCGGAAUCUUUACAAAGAGUUUGGGCGUUGUGUCGGAAAUACUACGUACGACAUAAGAAUAGUAAUAUACUGCGACGAUGUGAGAUUGGACAACCCAUUUGGUGCAGAUGGAAUAUGUUGCGGUCCCAAUGUUUUCAAUGGAGCUGAAUUUCCUGAUACAAAAUGCUGUGGUGAUUCCUCAAUGGAUGCCGACGCAUUCAAGUGUUGCGAUGGUACACCUCGCGAGUUAGGAGGAAUUCCUAAAGAGAAAGCAGUUUGUUGUGGAAAUAGUUGCAUUGAUGGAAGAGAUUACUGGUGCUGUGAAGGAAAGGCCUACUGGAAAGGUGAAAACAACGAAGACGUUGGAGAACUUAUAGACGGAAUGGCAUGUAGUGAGUUCUUCAAACAGUCCGUGAGAGACAGAGCUGGAACUAGAGGGACAGGAAGGGUGAUUAGCGGAGGAGUGAGAGUAGGACGACCACAACCAGUAACAACAACAACCGAAGCUCCGACUACCCCAGCUCCUUCCUCCCGCUCGAGGCGGUAGAAGACCCGGCGCAGGAGGCGCAAGGAGACCAGGAGCAAGAAGACCAGGUGCUGGUGGGGCCCCACGCCGGGGUUAAAUCAAACAAUACAUAAAGUUAACGUGAACACUUGAAAUCAAUUUACAGCUAUAUCUAAAUAUCCAGUAACAUAAUCGAAGCGUGAAGUUAGACUUUGCUAUUGCGCAUUCAAAAAAUUACGACCGGUAGCCAGGCAAAAAUAGCAAGAAUUUACCUAACCACUAGCUUUUUAAAACAUUUAAAAAAUUUGAAAGUCUUCGGUACAGACACAAUUUUACCAUAUUUGUUUUUGUAAUUGUGAAAAUCGUAGAAUUAACAUGUUAUCAAUAUCAGAACUACUUGUUUCAUACUGUAAUAAAUGUUGUAAUUUGACAAUACACAA